AUGACUGACUCUGAAUAUGCAGACAUAAUGGAUACUAGAGAGAACCUCCAAUACAUUGAGCUGUUUCACGGGGAGGAAAAAAAUGUAAAAAGGUGUAAGUUGAAUCUGGUGGAGAGGCUGGAGGGGGAACUAGGCAUUUUGAUGGGCCAGUGGUUUUUUACAGCUGAUGAUCUUUUGCGUGCAGUUGUAGAAAUUAUGGGAAAGAGCACUUAUGGGACUGUCUAUAAGACCACAUUAAAGGAUGGGAAUCAAGUUGCAGUGAAAAGAUUAAGAGAAAAGAUCUCAAAGGGCCAGAAAGAAUUCGAAAACGAGGUUGAUGUGCUCGCUAGAGGACCUGAUACGCCAAUUGAUUGGCAAACAAGAAUGCAAAGAGCACAGGGCAUGACGCGCGGCCUGUUCUACCUGCACGACAAUGAGAAUAUCAUACAUGGAAACCUUGUAUCAAGCAAUGUCCUCGUUGAUGAGCACAAAAAUGCAAAAAUUGCAGAUUAUGGACUAUCCCGGCUAAUGACAGCUGCUGCCAACACUAAUGUAAUUGCAACUGCAGAAGCAUUAGGAUAUCAAGCACCAGAGCUUUCAAAGCUUAAGAUAGCAAAAACACAAAAACAGAUGUGUACAGCCUUGGAGUGUACUUUGGAACUUACCGGGAAGUCUCCUGGUAAGCCAAUGAAUGGUGUGGAUUUGCCUCAACGGAUUGCCUCUAUUGUCAAAGAAGAGUGGACUAAUGAAGUUUUUGACUUGGAAUUGAUGAAAGAUGCCUCAAUAAUCGGUGAUAAGUUGCUUACCACAUUGAAAUUGGCUUUGCAUUGUGGUGAUCGCUCACCUUCAACAGGACCAGAAGUUCAACAAGCUCAGCAAUUGGAAGAGAUUAGACCAGAGACAGCUUUAAGUCCCGGACCUUCCAGAGAUGAUGGUGCAGGGGUUCCUUCAACAAAUGGGGAAGGGACUCCAGAAAUGGGGUUACUUAUUUGGUGGCCAGAGAGUUUAGGAAAUAGAGUAGACUGCUACAAUUCUUUCAUUCUCGAGUCUUAGUGUUAAGAGAUAUUUAGUGUCCGUAAUACACGUUUGUUCCGAUCUAUUUGAGGAUAUAUUUGUUCUGGCUCAGCUCAUCUUGAU